CUUCCUCCUUUCACCCAUCGCUGCUCUCACAAACCUCCUACUCUCUUAAGUCUUAACUUAAACGUCUCACUAAUGGCAACCGUAUCCGUUGAGGAGAUUAGAAAUGCCCAGAGGGCUAAGGGCCCCGCCACCAUCCUUGCCAUUGGCACCGCCACACCAGCCAACUGUGUCAAUCAGGCUGACUAUCCUGACUAUUACUUCCGGAUCACUAAGAGCGAGCAUAUGACCGAGCUGAAAGAGAAGUUUCAGCGCAUGUGUGACAAGUCCUUGAUCAAGAAGCGCUACCUGCAUCUAACCGAAGACAUUUUGAAGGAAAAUCCCAACAUGUGUGCCUACAUGGCUCCAUCUCUCGACGCUCGCCAGGACAUCGUGGUGGUGGAGGUUCCAAAGCUGGGCAAAGAAGCCGCAGCAAAGGCGAUCAAAGAAUGGGGGCAACCCAAAUCGAAGAUCACUCAUCUCAUCUUCUGCACAACCUCUGGUGUCGACAUGCCCGGCGCUGACUACCAACUCACCAAACUCCUUGGUCUCCGUCCUUCCGUUAAGCGUUUCAUGAUGUACCAACAAGGCUGCUUCGCCGGCGGAACGGUGCUCCGUCUCGCCAAGGACUUGGCUGAGAACAACAAGGGCGCCCGUGUGCUCGUCGUGUGUUCUGAGAUCACGGCUGUUACUUUCCGUGGUCCAACUGACACCCACUUGGACUCACUGGUAGGACAGGCACUUUUCGGUGACGGAGCAGGAGCACUGAUCGUUGGCUCCGAUCCCGAUACAUCAAUUGAGCGUCCAUUGUAUCAGCUUAUCUCAGCUGCACAGACCAUUUUACCCGAUUCGAACGGUGCUAUUGAUGGACAUUUGCGCGAAGUUGGUCUCACAUUUCAUCUGCUGAAAGAUGUUCCCGGGCUGAUCUCCAAGAACAUCGAGAAAAGCCUGGUUGAAGCAUUCACUCCGAUCGGCAUUAACGACUGGAACUCAAUUUUCUGGAUUGCUCACCCCGGCGGCCCAGCAAUUCUUGACCAGGUGGAGCUCAAACUGGGGCUGAAAGAAGAAAAAUUGAGGGCAACUCGACAAAUUCUAAGUGAUUACGGUAACAUGUCAAGUGCAUGUGUUUUGUUCAUUCUGGAUGAGAUGAGAAAGAAGUGUAUCGAAGAAGGCAAAACCACCACCGGUGAAGGCUUAGACUGGGGUGUUCUCUUCGGUUUCGGGCCUGGUCUCACCGUCGAGACCGUCGUUUUGCACAGUGUCCCUCUACCUCCGGCCGCCGCCCACUGAAUCCUAUAAAAUUAUCUUUAAAAUGCUAUGACCAUGUAAAUAUACAUGGAAAAAUCAAAACAGCGACCAUAUUACGGUGAUCAUGUGAGAAUUGGGUUCGGUUGGUGAAGUCAGCUCCUCCCAUUCCUGCUAAUUUCCUCGUGGCUGGUCACCACAUAAGCCUUCUGUUUUUUUUUUUUUUUUCUAAAUUUGAUUCAAACGAAUAAAUUUAUUUUGGCUUUGUUAAGAUUGUGACAGUCAACUCUCCAUCAAGCUUUUCAGUUGAAUAAAAUAAUCCGCGGAAUUUUAUAUUUAAAUAA